GGUUGCCAGGUCUUUCUGACCAUGGUUUCGACUUGAAAAGGAUGAGAGACGGGGAAGGGUGGUAGUAAGAAAAGUAAUUUGAAGGAAUGUAGGAUGGAAGUAAAGAUUUAACCAUAAAUUGCACUAAGGAUACAAACUGUAAAUGAUUUAGCUUACAUUUAAAGAUUAGUUCUUUACAGUUUUAAUUGCGUUUUUCCUAUAUUACUUAAUGCAAAUAUCACUUUGCGCCUCAAUUUUGACCCCGCAUGACCUGAAAAAAAUAACAUUUGUUGUGCAAAUAGACAAGUCAAUGGGGUAUCUGUAAGAGGGAAGAGUAAGGUGCAUAUAGAAGAGCGUGGCGAGUAUGAGAGAAUAUUACAAGAAGAGGAGUACUAUCACCGUAUUUAUAUCUGAUCACUUUCCCUUUCGUCUUUAAGGUAUACCAUACCUUUUAUUCACUAUUUUACCUGAUCAUACAAGGCAUAUUUCAAGUCUCAAGCUAUUUGUUCGUGUGUGUUUUUCUAACAGAUAACUUAGCUCAACUAUUAUUUACAUAACUUUUAUUAUUGUUGCAUGGGAUUUCCCAUCUAACAACACUUAUAUUCUAUUAUUGAUAAGAGUUUCAUUGAUAGUGGAGCUAGCUUAAAAUUCUAGGCUAAAAUGUUGUCUUCAGGAGUCUACGUUGCUUCAGGAAUUAAAUGAUUGUAACAUUUUUGUAUUUUUGCUAGAAAUUUGACAUAACUAUUCAGCAACUAAUAUUUUCACUAAUUUUAUUAUUUAUUAAAUGUAUCUCAUUGAUAGAACAACUAUGCAAACAGUGGAGUUCUUGGCUUUAUUGCUACAAUGCAUGCGAAAGAACCAUACCGACACGAAGCGGCCAAACACUUCUGUCGAGCAUAAUUUGUUUCUCCCAAGCUUCUCUUUAUUUAUGCUUUCUUUAUUUAGUUACAGCACAUAUGCAUUUAUUGGUUAG